GAAGUGUUCAGUCGUCGGUUCAGAGAGCAGAAAGAAGAGAUCGGACUUGAGAAGAUGAGUGAUGUGGAGGAGGAGAAGGACGGAGCAGAGUCUGGAGUAUUCGGCUCUGAGUCUGUGAAGACUGAGCGCUCCAAAGAUCCUCCUCCAGACUUCAGUGAUGGACCUGGACCCUCAGACACAAAAGAGGAGGAGGAGAAGAAGAGGAGGCUUGUUUGUGAGGAGGAGCAGCCGUCCUGCUGUUCUUCCUGUCAGGACGUCCUGAAGGAUCCCGUCUCUACCAGCUGUGGACACUGGUUCUGCAGACGGUGCAUCAGCUCAUACUGGGACCAGUCUGCUUCACCAGGAGACUCCUGUCCCCAGUGUGGAAAAAGACCCAGAACCAGGGACGGUGGUCUGCAGGAGGUUUUAGAUGAAUAUAAGAUCAGUCUGAGGAGGAGAUGUGAACGUGUGACUGAAGGAAGUGAUGCAACAGGAAGUGGAACCCUCCUCAACAGGAUCUACACUGAGCUCUACAUCACAGAGGGACAGAGUGAAGAGGUUGAUACCCAACAUGAGGUGAGGCAGCUUGAGACAGCUUCCAAGAAGAAGACCAUCCACGACGCUCCAAUCAGGUGCCAGGACAUCUUUAAAGCCUUACCUGACCAACAGGGACCCAUCAGAGUGGUUCUGACGAACGGCGUCGCUGGCAUUGGAAAAACCUUCUCGGUGCAGAAGUUCAGUCUGGACUGGGCAGAGGGUUUGGAGAACCAAGAUGUCAGUGUGGUGGUUCUGCUUUCCUUCAGGGAGCUGAACUUGAUCAGAGAUGAGCAGUACAGUCUUCUGGAGCUGCUCCAUGUUUUCCAUCCAACAUUACAGAAGGUCCCAGCAGAGAAGCUCGCCGUCUCUAAACUUCUGUUCAUCUUUGACGGCCUGGAUGAAAGCAGACUUUCUCUGGAUUUCACCAACAUGGAGGUUGUGUCUGAUGUCACACAGAAGUCAUCGGUCAACAUGCUGCUGACAAACCUCAUCGAGGGGAAUCUGCUUCCCUCGGCUCUCGUCUGGAUAACUUCCCGACCCGCGGCGGCCAAUCAGAUCCCUCCUGCGUGUGUCGACAGGGUGACAGAAGUACGAGGCUUCACUGACGCCCAGAAGGAAGAGUACUUCAGGAGGAGGGUCAGUGAUGAAGAGCGCUCCAGCACAAUCAUCUCACACAUCCAGACAUCCAGGAGCCUCCACAUCAUGUGUCUGAUCCCAGUCUUCUGCUGGAUCACUGCUACAGUUCUGGACCACAUGUUGACUACAGAGCAGAGAGGAGAGCUGCCCAAGACCCUGACUGACCUGUACUCACACUUCCUGCUGGUUCAGACCAAGAAGAAGAAGCAGAAGUAUGAUGAGGGACAUGAGACGAGUCCACAGGAGCUGACGGAGGCUGACAGAGAAGUUCUUCUGAAGCUGGGGAGGCUGGCGUUUGAACAGCUGCAGGAAGGAAAUAUCAUGUUCUACCAAGAAGACUUGGAGCGCUGUGGUCUCCAUGUCACAGAGGCCUCGGUGUACUCAGGAGUAUGUACAGAGAUCUUCAAAAGAGAGAGUGUGAUCUUCCAGAAAACAGUCUACUGCUUCGUUCAUCUGAGUGUUCAGGAGUUUCUGGCUGCAGUCUACAUGUUCCACUGUUACACCACCAGGAACAAAAAGGUACUGAGGGCUUUUCUGGGGACAUAUUGGGGGUUAUCUCUGGAUGUCUUCCUGAGGAGAGCCAUGGAGAAAUCCCUUGAAAGUAAAAAUGGCCACCUGGACCUGUUUGUCCGCUUCCUUCAUGGCCUCUCUCUGGAGUCCAACCAGAGACUGUUAGGAGGCCUGCUGGGUCAGACAGACAACAGUCCAGAAGUCAUCCAGAGAGCCAUCAACAACCUGAAGAAGAUGAACACUGAGGAGCUCUCUCCUGACAGAAGCAUCAACAUCUUCCACUGUCUGACGGAGAUGAACGACCUCUCAGUACAUCAGGAGAUCCAAGAGUUCCUGAAGUCAGAGAACAGAUCAAAGAAGAAACUCUCUGAGAUCCACUGCUCAGCUCUGGCCUACAUGCUGCAGAUGUCAGAGGAGGUUGUGGAUGAGUUGAACCUGAAGAAGUACAAGACAUCAGACGAGGGACGACGGAGACUGAUUCCAGCUGUGAGGAACUGCAGAAAGUUUGUACUUUCUGACUGUGACCUCUCAGAGAUUCACUGUGAAGUCGUGGCCUCAGCUCUGAAGUCCAACCCCUCCCAUCUGAGAGAGCUGGACCUGAGGGACAACGACCUGCAGCAUUCAGUAGUGAAGCUCUGUGCUGGACUGGAGAGUCCAAACUGCAGACUGGAGACUCUGAGAUUGAGUGGCUGCAGAUUGUCAGAGAUCAGCUGUGCUUCUCUGGUCUCAGCUCUGAAGUCCAACCCCUCCCAUCUGAGAGAGCUGGACUUGAGAGACAACUACAACAUGCAGGAUUCAGGAGUGAAGCUGCUGUGUGAUUUUCUGCAGAGUCCAAAUUGCAGACUGGAGACUCUGAGAUUGAGGGACUGCAGUUUGUCAGAGAUCAGCUGUGCUUCUCUGGCCUCAGCUCUGAAAUCCAACCCCUCCCAUCUGAGAGAGCUGGACCUGAGCACCAACAAGCUGCUGGAUUCAGGAGUGAAGCUGCUGUGUGAUCUUCUGCAGAGUCCAAACUGCAGAUUGGAGACUCUGAGAUUAAGGGACUGCAUGUUGUCAGAGAUCAGCUGUGCUUCUCUGGCCUCAGCUCUGAAAUCCAACCCCUCCCAUCUGAGAGAGCUGGACCUGAGUGUCAACAAGCUGCAGGAUUCAGGAGUGAAGCUGCUGUGUGAUCUUCUGCAGAGUCCAAACUGCAGACUGGAGACUCUGAGAUUAAGGGACUGCAUGUUAUCAGAGAUCAGCUGUGCUUCUCUGGCCUCAGCUCUGAAAUCCAACCCCUCCCAUCUGAGAGAGCUGGACCUGAGUGUCAACAAGCUGCAGGAUUCAGGAGUGAAGCUGCUGUGUGAUCUUCUGCAGAGUCCAAACUGCAGACUGGAGACUCUGAGAUUGAGGGACUGCAGUUUGUCAGAGAUCAGCUGUGCUUCUCUGGCCUCAGCUCUGAAGUACAACCCCUCCCAUCUGCGAGAGCUGGAGCUGAGCUCCAACAAGCUGCAGGAUUCAGGAGUGAAGCUGCUGUGUGAUCUUCUGCAGAGUCCAAACUGCAGACUGGAGACUCUGAGAUUGAGUGGCUGCAGUUUGUCAGAGAUCAGCUGUGCUUCUCUGGCCUCAGCUCUGAAGUCCAACCCGUCCCAUCUGAGAAAGCUUGAGCUGAAAUACAACAAGCUGCAGGAUUCAGGAGUGAAGCUGCUGUGUGAUCUUCUGCAAAGUCCAAACUACAGACUGGAGACUCUGUGGUUGGAUGACGGAGUAUUCAGGGCUCCACCUGACAGAUAUGAAGGACAUCCGUCCACGUCCAACCCAACCCUGGAUGAGUCUGAGGACAGCAGGAAGGAGAGUGUGGAUGAAGAGGAUCCGCUGUGUCCUGAUGAUCCAGAGAAGUCCAAGCAGCAGCUGGAAAAGUUCAUUUUCACACCUGAACUGCUGACUGAGUCUGGAAAGACUUCAUACAGGUUCAGGUGUCCCCGUCCAGGUGUGUUCCAGUGUGCUUUGACUGGACUGGUGUUUGUGUUGGCUCAGGAGGCGGAGCUUCAGUACAACACUGUCAUAUGGGACGAGAGCCUCGUCCAAUCAGCUGGCAGGACGGCUGCAGGGCCGCUAUUCAGAAUCGAGAGUUCAGAUGAUGCUGCUGUCUGUCAACUCCACCUGCCACACUGUGAAACAGAGGAAGCAUUGCGUGUUGACGGCCUGUUGUCUGUCGUCCACAUCACUGAUGAUGGAAUGAGCUUCUUGGAGCCGCUGGAGGUCUCAGACACUCAUGUGAUGGUGAAGGUUCCUCACCUCUCCACCUUUGGUCUGGUCUGGGAUUUUGUUAGAAGGUUCCUGAACAUCUCACUGCCAAAAGAGGUUCAAGUUCUGCUGUUCCUCCGACCUAUCGACGGAAGGUUUCCAGUUCUCAAUGUAUUACUGCUGCCUGGCAACGUUCCUCUAAAUGAGGUUACAGAGAGACAUAGCCGUGCUGAGCACAUCCAGACCCAUGCCUACUGUGAACUGAUGGUAGGUAAACCCUACAAGGUUCACUGUUCACCUGGGAACUUGAAAGUACAGCCGAAGCGUAGUAAAUUUCACUUAGACUAUGGACCAAAUUACCAUCCAACAUUUCAAGUGUCACUGAAUCCGAUCCCAGAGAGCGUGACUUUGACGGUCCAGGAUGAAGAGGGGGGAGAAAUCUGGACACAUGACGUGGAUCUGCCAGGCAGAAAUGUCCCAGCAGAGGACAGCGUCCCAGCAGAGCACAGCGUCCCAGCAGAGGACGCUGACCCACCAGAAGAUAAGCUGUUGUUGGUUCGGACACAGUUUGUAAAAAGAGUCUCUGAUCCUGUUCUGAACCAGCUUCUGGAUAAACUCCUGGAGCUUCACGUUAUAAAUGAUGAAGAAAUGCAGUCACUCAGAGCGAAAGGUCGAGCAGACAGAGCACGAGACGUGAUCGACACGGUGAGAAGAAAAGGAAGUGCAGCCAGCUCAGUCCUGAUGGAGGCUCUCUGUGAGCUGGAUCCACACCUUUCCACAGUGCUGAGGCUCAGAUGAAACAAGAAGCUGAAGUGUGACGAUCCAAACUGAUGUCAGAGUGUUGUUCUCUGUUUCAGCCACUAGAUGGAGGCAGAACGUCUCUGAAGCAGAUUUCUGAGUGACCAUUGGACGCCUGAUAUGCACAUUUUAGAUUUUCACAGCUUCUCAGGAACUCUGGCUCAGGGCAAUGUUGUUUGUUUAUUUCGUUUUUGCAUCUUAAUUUCUUUUUGUGGUGACAAAAAUCUUCAGGGGAAAGUAAACUGUCUCUAGCACUUAUUGAUGCACUAAUGGCUCUUACUGCACUAUGCCUUGAUUGUUUGCUUUUUUCUUCCUGUAAGUCGCUUCGGAUAAAAGCGUCUGCUAAAUGACUAAACUUAAGUCAAAGGAUCAGAAAGUGAAUGUGAUGUAAAUAAUGUAACAUAAUCAGAGAAGAAAGGAGCUUCUUGGUUGAUGCAUAUUCAAAGACUAAUCCAAGUACUUGUAGGUUUAGGAGCCAUAUUUGGUAAUAAUUGUCCCCUAACAUUAGCAUCAUGUUAGAACAUAUAUACCAGGGCUGAGGGAUGCAGCUGCUGCAACACGUUCAGUCUUCAGAUGUGGACUUGAGAAGGCAGAACCUGAAAACCUUUCCCCUUUAAUUAAAGUCUCGUCAGCUGGGAACUUUAGUGCCAAAAGAGAGUUUCACUCGGUUUCUUUCUGAGCUGGAAACUCUUCUCUCAGGUGUCAAUCUGGUGAAAUAAUUUCAGCCAGUGAGGCGAAUCAGGGUUUCAAACCAGGGUCGCACAUUCCUGCACAAACUGUCCAGCUGUUCCACUCCAACAACUGGUUGUUUUACACGUUUUUCACGUUUCCAUUUUAUAUUUUUUUACUGAGUUUAUUGUUAUGUUCCAAAUCAACAAGACAAAUUCUUUGAAUGUUACAAACCGACUUAAACUGCAAUAAACUGAUUCUGAUUCAGUCUCAGAAAAUGUUUGUCUGAUUUGUUUUAUUGUGAAAGUUGUGACCUGAACACUUCCUUUUUAUAGGAGUCUGACUUAUUUUAUUGUGAAAGUUGUUACCUGAACACUUCCUUUUAACAGCAGUCUGAUUAGUUUUAUUGCUGCAGACACUCUGCUGAUUUUAACGACAGCCAAGUAAAUUAAUUCACUUACAAUAACACAUUUAAAACAAAACAUUCUAUGUAUUUUGAUG